AUGCCUCAGAACGAGUACAUCGAGCGCUGGCAAAAGCAGCAUGGAAAGCGACUGGAUCACGAUGAGCGUAUGCGCAAGCGUACAGCUCGUGAGUCCCACAAGGCUUCCUACGAUGCGCAGAACCUGCGCGGUCUGAGGGCCAAGCUGUACCAGCAGAAGCGCCACAAGGAGAAGAUUCAGAUGAAGAAGCGCAUCAAGGAGCAGGAAGAGAAGAACGUCAAGUCCGCCGCACCGGACGAGCCCUCCAAGAACCCUCUGCCCCAGUAUCUGCUCGACCGUUCGCAGGCUACCAACGCCAAGGCUUUGUCGAGUGCUAUUAAGGAUAAGCGUGCUGAGAAGGCCGCUAAGUUCGCUGUUCCUCUGCCUAAGGUCAAGGGUAUCAGUGAGGAGGAGAUGUUCAAGGUUAUCAACACCGGAAAGAAGACCCACAAGAAGUCCUGGAAGCGCAUGAUCACCAAGCCUACUUUCGUUGGCAGCGACUUCACUCGUCGUCCCGUCAAGUACGAGCGAUUCAUUCGUCCCAUGGGUCUGCGUUACAAGAAGGCCAAUGUCACUCACCCCGAACUCGGUGUCACCGUCCAACUCCCCAUCCUUUCCGUCAAGAAGAACCCCCAGAACCCCCUGUACACCCAGCUGGGUGUCCUGACCAAGGGUACCAUCGUCGAAGUCAACGUCUCCGAACUUGGUCUCGUCACCACGAGUGGUAAGGUCGUCUGGGGUAAAUGGGCCCAGAUUACCAACGUGCCCGAGAACGACGGCUGCGUCAACGCAGUUCUUCUCGUCUAG